AUGGCUGAUCCGUUGAAGCAAAUCUGCGACGAACUAGGAGUCUGCAAAGAAGAAGCGCUAUUCUACCUCGAAGGAUUCCGAUGGGAUCUAAACGCAGCGAUGGAGGCUUGCCGCACCAAAACCUUGCCGUCGCCGGCUCAACCUCCGUCGUCGGAGAACGAGAGAACCGCGGCGGAGGAACAAAGGAGAAAUGAUAAGAUCGCAAGAGUCAUAGUCGCAACAGGAGCGACUGUAAAGGAAGCGAGAUCUUACCUCAGCCGCGAAAACUGGAACGUAGACAAUGUGUGCCUCUCUUUCUCAGGGAAUGAAGGACCGGACACGAUGCAUGACGUUUUGAGUAAAGUGCCGCCGUUUCAUAGUACCUCGACGAAUCUCAGAAUCGGGAGCCCUCCUUCUGCUAGGUCACCAUUUCUUGAUUUACGUACGCCACCGCUUGAAUUGAAACCGGAAAGUAUAAAAAGAUUCCGCAAUGUUGUCUCUGAUGCCUCUUCACAAGCCGUAAUCGAUUGCCUCAACGACUGCAAGGGGAAUGCAGAACACGCCAUCCAAUAUUUCUAUGACGUUUACAGUCUAAAGAAUGAAACUCCCCCAGAAAGUUUACCUGAUGAGAUCAAGGAAGAGCUCAUGGCUUCAUUCUCUUCGACCACUGGGGAGAUUAGACAAGUUGCAAAAGUUUACCUGGAACAGUAUGAGUGGAAUCUAGUCGUAGCCGUCGACUCUUUCUUUAAACAUAGUGACUCAGAUAAACAAACAUCUGCGUUAAAUAACAGAGGUCCGCCUCUUCCCACGGAGACACAAAAGUCACUUGAAGAAGCUGGUGAAGGAGACGUCAGAGUGGCUGUACCUGGCAUGGCGUCAUCUCAAGUGGAUGAUAAGGCUGUAGAGGAAGGUUCAAGCGCGGAGACAGUCCCUGAUCCUUUUGCUAACCGAGACAGGACAACUGUGGACACUCAAGCUGCGCCAAGUACUAUUAUGAUAACUAUCAGAUUGGCAGAUGGGAUUGGGACAACGCUGGAGCUUCCUUUUAGAUCAAACCAAACCAUAAGUGACAUCCGCAAUGCUAUUGACCAGCGAUAUCCAGAUAACGACAGGGGCUACAAUUUGCAAUCGAUGGAUGGAGUAGACUACAUGGAUUGGAAUGUAACUGUAUACAGAGUUACUAGGCAUGAUUCUAGAACUCUCAUGCAGAUCUACCCCUAG